ACACAUAUCAAUGCACCACUCAAUUAUCAUCUUGACAUUAUUCGUUUUAAUAAUUGAAUCGUUGAUGAUUUGUUGUUAUUAUCUCUUUGGGAAGUGACCUACCACUUUUGUUAUAUGGAAUAAAAGAAUACAAAACAUAAUGUAUCUCUUUGUCUUAAUGUCUUGUUUUGAGAUUAUCAAACUUCCGUCCAAAGUGGAACAUGAUUAAAGUUAGGUUUCAAUUGAUUGGAUAAGGACAAAGACUGGUUGUUGUGUCACAUUUUCAUCUCUCUCUUUCUCUCAAAUCGAUUUCUCUCGAAGAUACACACAAAGCUUUUCAAUAUCUGUUUCUUUGAGUUGUAUUGAUGGGUUCUGAAGGACCAACAGGUGUGACGAUUCAUAUCACAGGGUUCAAGAAGUUCCAUGGAGUAGCUGAGAAUCCUACAGAGAAAAUGGCUAACAAUUUGAAAGAGUAUUUGGCGAAGAAUUGUGUGUCGAAAGAUCUGAUUCUCGGUAGCUGUACUGUGCUUGAAACCGCUGGUCAAGGAGCUCUUGCUUCUCUUUAUCAGAUGUUACAAUCCGCGGUUAACACGAAAGAAUCAGAGUUGUUGACCGGGAAAACCAUUUGGGUUCACUUUGGAGUUAAUAGCGGCGCUACGAAAUUUGCAAUUGAGCAACAAGCUGUGAAUGAAGCGACUUUUCGUUGUCCUGAUGAAUUGGGUUGGAAACCUCAGAAUUUGCCGAUUGUUCCCUCGGAUGGUCCAAUCUCAACUGUAAGAAAGACGAAUCUUCCUAUUAAAGAGAUAAGAAAGGCGUUGGAGAAGAAGGGCUUUGAAGUGAUAACAUCGGAUGAUGCAGGUCGAUUUGUGUGCAACUAUGUCUAUUACCACUCUCUGAGAUUUGCAGAGCAGAAUAAGACCAAAUCACUCUUUGUUCACGUUCCUCUUUUUGUUGCCGUGGAUGAAGAAACCCAAAUGAGAUUCACGGUUUCUCUGCUGGAGGUACUCGCUUCUAUUUGCAAGUAAUGUUAUCCCAAAUGUGGCUAUUCUUGGUCAUGAAAUGUGCAUCAUGGACUGAUUGUCUCCCCACGAAAAAAACGCCUACCAAUAAAUGGAAUAUAAGUUCAGUUCUCUACUAUCUCCUCUUCAUAUAUGCAUUAGGUCUUUUUAA